CUGCAACCUGUAGUUAAUUACCCCGGGCAAGGGUGAAAUCACAGCCCCCAACACAUUGGGUCCCAUGACUCCUUAGUUCAAUAGUCUUACUGUAUCCUCAAUAGUUAUUGAUAUAUUCUGGUUCAGAGGGUGGACUCUAUACACACAAUAGCCCGGAUAAGUAUCCAGAGUAUUUGUUUAGUUUGUCCACAUGGCUAAUUUGUUUCUCUGGAUGGAAAGCAUGUCCUGUGAACUCAGGAUCUUAGUGACAACCACUCCCUCAGUCACUUCAUAAGUCACUAACCUAACAGAAACCUAAGCUUGUCUUAUUGACUUUGAUUACUGUUAUGACAACCACAUAAUAUGCAUGACUAGUGAACCAAUGAAAUGGUCCGCUGAUAGAGAACUAGCCUCGUCAGCAGAUGUCUGCCCUCACCCUAAAACCUGUCUGUGGUCUGAGUUUAUGAUUGACCAGUAUUCCUCGUGCUAAAAUAAUCAUUGUCAACUUUACGAAUACAUGCAAUAAUAGUGAUUAGAUUUAGCCUUUUCUUAAUAAACUUCUAAACGAACAGCCUUUCCUUUUGGCAGGCCAAAUGAUGUGUCUUGGACCAAAUUGUAGAAUUGGGCACCGGAGCCUGAUGGGCAUUCUCCUGCUGGGCUGCUUGCUGACCUGUCUACUGUACCGACCUGCUAUCACCUGGCUCCCUGUCCUGGCCAAGCACUUCCAGGCGGAGCACAAACAGGAUGUUACCGUGCUGGUCUGGCACUGGCCCUUUGACCAUCCCUUUAAACUGAACUCCUGCAGGUCCUUGUACAACAUCGAAGGCUGUCACCUGACAGCGGACAGAGAGCUGUACAGUCAAGCGGAUGCUGUUCUUAUCCACCACAGAGAAAUCGAAGAGGAUUUAUCCAACCUGCCCCAAGAACCACGGCCCUCCUUCCAGAAAUGGGUGUGGAUGAAUUUCGAAUCGCCGGCACACACGAAUAGAAUACCUGGCUUGGAAGAUCUGUUUAAUGUGACUUUGAACUACAGGCAGGAUGCAGACAUCAACAUGCCUUAUGGAUCUCUCGUCCCUCGGACUGAAGAGAUGGAGGAGUUUGUCCCGCAUAAAAACCGACUGGUCUGUUGGAUCGUUAGCAACUGGAACCGAAAACACAAGAGGACUUGGUACUACAUGGAGCUGCGCAAAUUCAUCAGGAUUCACACCUACGGGGACCCUUUCAACAAAAAGGUAUCUCUUAGUGAAUACAGAAUGAUCGUGGCCAGCUGUAAAUUCUACUUGUCUUUUGAGAACUCCGUCCAUAAGGACUACAUCACAGAAAAACUAUAUAACGCUCUCAAGUUGGGCGCAGUUCCUGUGGUCAUGGGCCCGUCAAGAGGGAACUAUGAGAAGUUCAUCCCUGGAGAUUCCUUCAUCCAUGUGGAUGACUUCCGCUCGCCCAGAGCCCUGGCCAAACACCUCCUCUUCUUGGACGAGAAUGAGGAGAUGUACCGUAAAUACUUCAAGUGGCAGAGGAUCCACACGGUCCGUAUCAACAGCUUCCCCAUUCAGAAUGCCUGCAACAGCUGUAUAUGUACUGUACGCCUGAGAGACAUCUCCAUUUCCCUGGUGAGAUGGGCAGUUUCAUCUUAUUCUACACAUUAAGGGAGAGAGAGACAGAGAGAACGGGAGGCAGAAUGCAGCUGGAGAAAUGUGAUCAGACGCACGCCGCUCCGUCGACAGGUGACAGUAGAAAUGAAAGGAAGCGGAUCAGGAUUUUCCAUGUAUAAAUAUUUCUGCUUCUUUCAUUAUUAAUAAUUGCUCUUGGGGAUUUCUCCACACGUUGGUUCCCUGUCAAUUAAGUGCACAUCAAUGGAGACAAGCUCACCUCCAUUGGCCAUCUCCUAGCGAAUACAAUGAACUCAUUUUUCCCCGGGAAUCAAUUCUCAAUGGUAGACUUCAGUAAGCUCAUUAGGCUCUCGCCAGGCACAGUCUCCAUUACGGCUGCAUAAUUACCACAGUAUAACGGCAGUAUUCCCUCCCUUCUUCUCCUCCUCCAUGAACGAACAGAACACCUUCAUUCUGGGGCCUGACAGUAAUUAUUGUUAUGAUACAUCACCUGGGAGCGAGCGCAGCAGUGACUUCCUGUAUUGUACCUAUACGUACAGUACAGUAGUGUACUGCUGGAGAGAGGGUGGGUGUGUGUGUUUACGUGCUCUAUGAGUCUGCUCACGUUGAUAAUAACAGAUACAGGUAUGCUAUAGGUAUUGACCUGUUGAGUAGUUGUUCUGUCUUUUUGUUUGUAUCAGAAUGUUUUGUGUUUUUGUUCAUGCAUGUUUUGUGGUGUGUGUGUCUGCUGCAUGUAUUUACACAGUGUGUGUUCUGUCUGUCUGUCUGUCUGUCUGUCUGUCUGUCUGUCUGUCUGUCUGUCUGUCUGUCUGUCUGUCUGUCUGUCUGUCUGUCUGUCUGUCUGUCUGUCUGUCUGUCUGUCUGUCUGUCUGUCUGUCUGUCUGUCUAAUUAUUUAUCACUGUGUUUCCUUUCUCUCUGUGCCAGUUCGUCUUGUAUGUUUUUCCAAGUCAAGCAACAUUUUCCCGUUCUCCUGCUUUUUGCUAUUCUCCUUUUUCUAGUCCUCCCGGUUUUGACCCUUGCCUGUUUCUGGACUCUGUACCCGCCUGCCUGACCAUUCUGCCUGCCUUCACCACGAACGAGCCUGUCUGCCACACUGUAUUUCCUGGAUUCUGAUCUGGUUUUGACCCUUUGCCUUUAGGAUUAAUAAACAUUCUAAGACUCCAA